AUGCCCCAAAGGUGGCGAGUGAAGGCUCAAAAGGAAAACGGGGAGUAUUUGAUUGAAUGGUUGACAGGAAAGAAGAAACAUGAGCGGGAGGAUGGAGAUUUUGAUGAAGAAAGAACGAGAAUGGGCAAACAAAGGGAUCUAAUGGUAGCAAAAAUCGAGCUAAGAGACAAGGAAAUACAAGUUGUUGAUUUGAGGACUCUUCUAAUUCAAUGUGCACAAGAAGAUGGCCAUUGGAUGCUCGUAGGGAUGGAAGGGACGGAUUGUCAAUGCAUCCUCCGCCUCUACACCUUAUCGUCCGUGAAGCUUCGUGUUGAAUAUUUAUUGAUAUUAUACUUGUGA